AUGGCAUUUGGAAUAAUUAGGAAGCAUGUUGACGAUCUGCGGAACGAUCUGGCAUGUUUAUGGCGAGAUAUGAGUGUUACUGCGUUUCUAUUACAGAUUAUUGUAGUUGUCAUGGAUACAGUAGUCCAAUUUGACGUUAAUGCAUGUGUAAUAUGUCGAGACUCCGAAGGUACUGACAUUAAAUUGGCUGAAGUGAAGACGGAGGGUAGAUCAAAUUUGAUAGAUUACAGCUGUAAACGCAAAGAUGUUGAUUUAUUCAAUUACUUGUCAAGUAAUCAACCUGUCAUUAAGCUGUUGAUGUUAAAAAUCCGAAAAAAAAAGGAUAUAAUUUGUCAGGCCAAAACUGAUACCAUACAUUCAACAAUUCAGAGAGUAUGCAGGGAAAGACAAGAUAAAUGGGCAUUUGAAGUGAGUGGCCGGAUUGAGACGAGUGGUGACUUGCAUGCAGCAGAUGCAGUUUAUCACAAGAACUGUUAUAGAAAAUUUGUGACACCACCUCAAAAAGUUAAACCUGUCGGUCGCCCUCCACACGAAAAUGCAGCUGAAAUAUUCAAUAUGAUUUGUAAUAAUUUUGAAAAUUCAGAUUCCGAACUCCUAACAGUCGAUAAUCUCAUUGAAGAGAUGACACUUUUGUGUGAUGAUCCAUCUGAUGUUUAUUCAUCGCGUUAUAUGAAAAGCAAACUAUAUGAAAGAUAUGGGGACGACCUAUUCAUUGCUGAUUUCAGUAACCGCAAAAAUGUCAUUCGUGUGGCCGCAUGCAAAAAUUGUUAUGGAGAACAAUGUGACAACAGCGAACAAUUAACAACUUCUCAAGCAUAUGACACUGAUUUUCUGGAAGAUAUUGAUGUAGGCGUAUAUGAUGAAGAGAACACAACACUUGGAUAUGAUGAAAAUACAAUUUAUUUCGAUGAUGUAACAUGGUUGAAUGAAGAAAUCGUUGAAACUGGAGUAUAUUUUGAUAUGUAA